AUGUCGUUGUACGAGAGGGCGCUGGAGUUGUACACUCUCUGCGACGUCGAGGGGCGGGGCUUCCUGGAGCGGGCUGACCUGCGCCGGCUGCAGCCUUACCUGCCUCUGACGGCAGACCAGUUGGACGACGUCUUCGACAGACUCGACAACAACGCCGACGGAAGGCUGACGCUGAGCGAGUUCACCAACGGCUUCGGUAAGUCGCCCUCGGGCGCCUCUCAGCGACCGGGCCUCAAGGGACACGGACGCGAGGCUGAUUCUCGAGGCCGUUCUUCAUUUAGCGUUGUUCGCCUCCAUUCCAGCUCGGGCCAAAGUGGGUGA